AGUGCUGUUCGUGACACGAGUGUUCGCGGUAUUAUUAUGUGAGUCACUGCUGCGUGAACUUGCUUGAAAUUAUUAAAACCAGAUGCGAACGAUAAUUUCAACGUUUUUAUCUAAAAGUUCCAUAAAAAUUAUGCAGUUCUUUUGCGGAAUAACUUGCACACAUCUUUCUAACCUGCACCUAGGCCUCGCAGAAAGCUCCUCCGAACCUGUGGUCAAGGAGGGGCAGUGAGAAGUGGGCACAAGAGGACGGUGCGGAGAGGGGAGCGAGAGAGGUGGAAAAAAGUCGCGCGGCGUGAGCUCAGGCGCGUUCAGGCACGUUUAGUCAACCUGAUGACGUCGAAGAAACAACUGUAGUGGCGGAGUAACUUGCGAGUUGGAGUAAUAAUUGCGAGAGAACAAAGUAGAAAAAAAGGAAAUAGAAAAGCAAAUUGUGACGCACGACGACCAAUCAACGGGGGAAUUCAGUGAUCGGAGAAUAAAAAAACUUGUGUGUUUCAAGCAUUGCUUGGGCGGGUGCAUGUGCGUUUUGUGAACCAAGCGAAACUUGAUAACAGGUGGUAGACACGAUGGUAGCCAAAGAUACGAGGAUGGUCACCGCGGAGUUGAUGAACCCGUACGAGAAACCACCCAGCAUGUCGGUUAAACAAACUAUGAAGACGUUCGUGUACAAUCCUGAGACCAGCGCGGUCAUGGGCAGGACCGCCAGUAGCUGGGGUAAAAUUGGACUUUUUUACCUGACAUUUUACGGCAUUUUGGGGGCACUUGUCGCUAUUUGUCUCUGGGGAUUCCACCAAACACUCGACCCAAGAAUACCAAAGUGGCAGCUUGAGAAAUCUAUUAUUGGGACAAAUCCAGGAUUAGGAUUCAGGCCGAUGCCACCGACGGACAAUGUGGAAAGCACCUUGAUCUGGUACAGAGGCACCGACAGCGAAAACUUCAAGCACUGGGUGGAUUCGUUGCAAGAUUUUAUUUCAGAUUAUAUAACACCCGGAUCUGUUCUUGGUCUUGGUGCUAAUAUUAAUAAGUGCGAUUACAAUCAGCCACCGCCACCCGGAAAGGUUUGCGACGUUGACGUGAAAAAUUGGCAUCCUUGCACGAAGGAAAACAGAUAUAAUUAUCAUAAAUCUGCCCCGUGCAUCUUCCUCAAAUUGAACAAGAUUUAUGGCUGGAGGCCCGAAUUUUACAACGAUACUAAAAACUUGCCGGAUAAGAUGCCAGAGGAGCUGAAGGAACACAUCAGAGAUGUGGCAAACAACAAUACCUUGCAAUUGAAUACAAUUUGGGUGUCGUGCGAAGGUGAAAAUCCUGCUGAUCAAGAAAACAUUGGGCCGAUCGAGUACUUGCCACGUCAGGGUUUCCCCGGUUAUUUUUAUCCUUAUGAAAAUUCCGAGGGUUACUUAAGUCCGUUGGUUGCGGUACAUUUUUAUAGACCACGAACUGGAAUCUUGAUAAAUGUAGAAUGCAAAGCAUGGGCGAAGAAUAUCAAACACAGUCGUACUGACAAGAUAGGUGCAGUCCAUUUUGAGCUGAUGAUAGAUUAACGAAAUUGGCCUUCGGCUUCCUGCGUAGUCUCUUAAACGAAAAUCAACGAGUGUCCUCGAGACUUUUGAGAUAAGCGAAUCUUUACUUUCCAAACAAUCAAAUUGCGAGAAGAGGAAACGUUUCUUUGAAAUCAACUAGAUGCCGACUCUCUGAAUGAUAUAAAUCAAGUACAAAACAGAAAAAAAAUCUUUUACGACAGACAUUCCGGAAGUAUUUGAUGGAUUUUUGGACGUGCAUUAAGGUAAAAUGCGAUAUAUGAAAAUUUGACAAGGAUAACAGUAAUAGAGAUAAGAGGAAAAUUGUAGGCUAGGUGAAACAAUCAUCGUUGAAAGCGUUGAAAUAUUUCCAUUAACUGCAUCAUUUUCUGAAAUAUGUGUGCCUUAUAUUGAAUCUGCCAUUUUUUGAAUACUUUACAAGAUAUUGCAUUUUAUACAAAACUUAUAAGAAAUAAGGGUUUCCAUUUUUUUUUAAAUUGUAAUAAUAUCCUUACUUUGAUGACCCAAGGUCAAAUUAACAUCUCUAUCUUUUUUCCUCUUCGAAUUAAACAAUUUUUAUCUAAAAUAUUUUUUGCUAUGAUGCAUAUUUUUAGAGUUAACAAUUCGUAAUAAUUUAAAUGCUCUACCCUGUAAUAUGUAAAAGAAUCUCAUUUGGAAUAUCAUUCAGAAUACUCAUACAUACAUAUAAUAUUAGUAGAGUAGACUUUUUAUAAUCAGGUGCGAUUUUGAAGACUUUUAACAUUCAAAUAAUAAUAGAAACUAAUAUGUACACAAAUAAUAUCAUAUUUUUUUAUCUUUUUAUGAACAACCCAGACAGCACGCAUGUCUUAAAGACAUUUGAAGGAUAUAUAAAAGAUGUCCAAAAAAUGACGUCUUUCGAAUGUCUUUAAGACACGCGUGCUGUCUGAGAGAACGUGAGUAAUCUUAUCAAAUAAAAGAAUAAUACAAAAGAUAAGAGAACAUAUUAUAAAUAAGUUGUGAAAGGAGUUUAAAGUAAAAAUGGCAAGUAUGUCAAAUAUAAUAAUAUCAAAUUCAUUCAAAUUUUUAUUGUUUUGUUGAAUGAGAGAUAGAAGAGAGAUAGAAGAAACAGACGCUGAAACUUCAUCAAAUAGAUUAUUAUAUAUGCGUUAUUGUGUUAUGCGCUACAUCAUUUAUUGUAUUGUCAAGAAUAGUUGUAAGGAAGCAAUUGCGAAGAGAUUCCUUUUUUUUCUGCUCGUUAAACUUGUACAAGACUGAUCGAAAAUAUGUGGCCUUUCCAUAGCUGUUGAUAACUUAAAAUUGUUAAUUUAAUAAUUGACAGAAUACAAAUUUAAAGAAUUUUAACAAAUUAGUACUAUAUCACGUACGCAUCAAUACUGCAUAUAAUAAAAAACAAAUGAACGAAAACAAUAAAAAUAUUGACGUA